AUGCCUCGCCGAGCAAGAAUCCACUUCAAUUCAUUGCGUUCAUCCUUGGUCAAUCUUCCAAUAUCGAUCUAUGGACCUCUCUUGGAACGGAACAUCCGUCCACAAGGACUUGCCGUUCAUCUUAGCUUGGUCGCAGAAUCGCGUCCAAGUCGCCCAAAUGUAAAGAUAGAAGCAUAUGUUGGAUGGACUGGUAUGGCCUCCGCAUCGUCACUUGCACAGUUCAACGCGUCGGGUCCCAAUGAGAAGGGCUUCGAAACUGUUGAAAUAGACCCUCAAUAUGCGCAGGGGCUUGGAUUUACCCAGGGAGACUUGGUGGAGAUCGGUCUUCUUCACGAUCUUUCCUUUGCAACAUCAGUUGCAACGGAACCAGUCACAUCGGACGACUGGGAGAUCAUCGAAAUCCACGCAGCUCAUGUUGAAUCUACUCUGCUAUCCCAAGUUCGAGUGGCAAAGGUUGGUCAAGAGAUCGACAUAUGGGUGCUUGGAAGAACGAGAGUUCGGCUACGCGUCGUAUCUGUGGAUCCAUCGACGAAAGGGACCGCAGUUCUUCUGACGACCAAUACAGAAGUUAGCAUUGCUCCUAAACUACAUAAACAGAUAGACGGAACCGCAAGGGCACAAGUCUCAAAGGACAUCAAAACAUCCGCCACUCCGUCCCAGCCAAGUUCGGCGCCUUCCAAAACACCACAAGGAAGCUCUCGUAUAACGAGAGUCCUACCGAAGCGCCUGUUGCCACACGAUGCUAUUUCAAAGAUAGAUAGUUAUUCUGGUGAUCUGCGGACCGCUUAUAUCUCUUGGGUUACAUUCGUGCGCUUACGGACAGGGCGUCCCCCCAACUCACUUGUACCCGAUCCGAGUUCUGACGACAACAGCACGCUGUACGCGCAUACAGUCAAACGCUUACAGCCCCCGGUAGACCCUUCGUCAAACCCGUCUACCAGUUCUGCAGCACCUUCGCCGCCACUGCCGACAGUCUUGACCGCUGGAGGCAGUCAAGAGAAAGCUAAAACCUCGCACGACCAAGCCAAACAAGAGCCAGAAGUCUACAUAUCCUGGCUGAGCGAGGUACCAGAUGAUCACAUAGUCUUCCGGAAUCUUGAGGACGACAUUGAAGAGUGGGACUUAAUACGGUUUGAAACUACGAUAAUCGAAGUGUCUAAUGCGAAGACGUUCGACGUACCAUCGCCGCCUCAGCCAAAUGGCGUCGUUACUCCUCCUGAGAUGAACGAGCGGAGCGUUCUUGCAGGUGUCGACGAUAUCCUAGAGACGUGUAGAACCUUUUGUUUGCAGAAACUCCGCGCUCAUGCUAUGGUGAAGUCUGUUCCUGGUGUAUCUGGAUUACUGAUCACCGGUCGUACGGGAGCAGGGAAGACGUCUAUUGUGCAGGCCGUAGCGAAGUCUCUUCAAGAAGACCCUAAAACAUAUACAUAUAUUCAUUACAUUGACCUAUCUCGUUACACCGAGAAACCCAUCGCGACAUUGAAGGCUCUGUUCAGACACGCGUACGAAAAGGCGGCGUGGCAUAAGCCGUCGAUCUUGAUCAUGGAUAAUUUGGACAAAAUCUUAAGCGCAGAGUUAGAGCACGCGGAUUCUUUCCGUUCCAGGCAUCUGACUGAACUCUUCUUGCACCAAUAUUCUGCAGCAUCCCGGAUGGCGACGUCCAACUUCAGAGGCAUAGUUCUUAUUGCAACUGCUAGCUCCACCACUGGCCUACAUCCCCUCAUCAGCAAAUCCCAUAUAUUUGAAGAAGAGGUUCACGUCAAACCACCUAACAAAUUUGCUCGUAGAGAUAUUCUCUCCAGAAUAGUCGAGGAACGGCUAAAGACCGCAGUCAACUUACGCCAAGAUCCCGAUGCGAUGCUAAACUUCACUUCACUAGCGACCCAAACAGAAGGUUACUCUGCUACUGAUUUACAAGACCUGGUGGCAAGAGCCAUGCACCGCGUCGCUUUACGCGCAGCAACAGACCCCGACUCGGUAAAGUUGACGAUAGCUGACUUCGAGGCCGCUCAAGUCGACUUUACUCCUUUAUCGUUGAGAGACGUGAAGUUGCAGAAGUCUGAUGUCCAGUGGUCCGAUGUAGGAGGCCUCUAUGAAACGAAGCGGGUUCUUAGGGAAACGCUAGAGUGGCCGACGAAGUAUGGUCCGAUCUUUGCGCAAUCCCCUUUGCGUUUGCGAUCUGGCAUCAUGUUGUACGGGUUUCCGGGUUGCGGUAAAACACUGUUGGCAUCAGCGGUCGCCAAAGAGUGCGGAUUGAAUUUCAUUAGCGUCAAGGGACCCGAGAUCUUGAAUAAGUAUAUUGGAGCCAGUGAACAGUCCGUCCGUGAACUGUUUGAGCGGGCAAGUGCUGCGAAACCUUGUGUCCUUUUCUUCGAUGAAUUCGACUCUAUCGCACCAAAGAGGGGUCACGACAGUACGGGUGUGACUGAUCGUGUUGUCAACCAGAUGCUUACACAAAUGGAUGGCGCCGAGGGUUUGGACGGCGUUUAUGUUCUCGCUGCAACGAGCCGUCCCGAUAUGAUCGAUUCUGCCUUACUUCGACCUGGUCGGUUAGACAAGUCGCUGCUCUGCAAUAUGCCCGAUGCUAGCGAACGCAAAGACAUUUUGAAGGCAGUCGCAGGGAAGGUUAAGCUUGCUCCCUCAGUCGAUCUAGACGAAAUUGCGGAGGCCACGGAGGGCUAUUCUGGGGCUGACCUGCAAGCUCUACUUUACAACGCCCAUCUUGAAGUGGUGCAUCAAGCUAUUUCCAAUCUUCCUGCGGCUGACGUCCCUUCAAAUCGAGACGAAGUCCCCAUUGAGUACACUAUAGUGGGUGGACCGAAAGAAGGCAGCAAGGUCGCUUCAAAGGCCACUGAGAUGGCUCUCCAACGGAGAUUGCGACAAAUACAAUCUGCUUCAACCUCUCGAACCAAUACGCAACGAGCACCUCCGGCUGCGCCCAAACAUCACGAGAUAACGCAAGAACAUCUGCGAUCAGUUCUCAAAACCUCUAGGCCAUCUGUAUCGCCCGAAGAGCAUCAGCGGCUUGAUCGGAUAUACAAGGAGUUUAUUGGAGAUCGUAGUGGUGACCUACCUGUCCCUCCUGACGGGGUAGGUAUUGGCAAUCGUGUGUCCCUAAUGUAG